AUGGCUGCUACUGCUGAUAUGGAUGAGCUAUUGAACUUAGAAGAACAGUUCUAUCAAGAAGGUUACCAAGAAGGUCAAAAUGAGAAUUUGAAACAUAACUUCAUAGAAGGAAAGCAAUAUGGUCUACAGACAGGAUUUCAAAGAUUUCUUCUGGUUGGUCAGAUAAAAGGUAUCUGCAAAGUGCUGGAGAGAAGUUGUCAAGAGAAUAAUUCUUUAUUGAAAAAUAUCAAUCAAGUACAAGAAUUAAUAUCGACAAUUAAAUUAGAUAACUCCCCAAAGAAUGUAGAGCAAUAUGAAUCUACUAUGGUUAAAGUUAAGAAUAAAUUUAGAAUAAUUCUAUUAUCAUCCCAAAGACAAUUUAAGAAUUCAUCUCAAAAUGCUCUAAUAUUUGAAAAGGUUGAGAAUAUCUGUAAAUUAUUAGGUGGUGAGAUUCGUGGAUUUGUAGCUGAUUCAAGUGGAUCAAGUGAAGUCACUACUUCUGAUCAAAUGCAAGAUUGGUAA